GUGAUGGUCGACUACUACCAACAGCCGCCAUCAUACCAUCAGCCGGGCUACGACUACACUCAACAAGAGGAAGAAUGGGACCGUGAAGGACUGUUAGAUCCAGCAUGGGAGAAACAACAGAAAAAGACAUUCACAGCCUGGUGCAACUCCCAUCUUCGCAAAGCCGGAACCUCAAUCGACACAAUUGAAGAAGAUUUCCGUAAUGGGCUCAAACUUAUGCUUCUUCUCGAAGUUAUCUCUGGAGAACCACUUCCAAAACCAGAUCGAGGAAAGAUGCGUUUCCAUAAAAUUGCCAACGUGAAUAAAGCUCUCGAGUACAUCGAAUCGAAGGGUGUCAAGUUGGUCUCCAUUGGAGCUGAGGAAAUUGUCGAUGGAAAUGUUAAAAUGACUCUUGGUCUGAUUUGGACCAUCAUUUUGAGAUUUGCCAUCCAGGAUAUUAACGUUGAAGAGCUCUCUGCUCGUGAUGGACUUCUUCUUUGGUGUCAACGCAAGACUGCUCCAUACAAUAAUGUGAAUGUGCAGAACUUCCACAACUCAUGGAAAGAUGGACUUGCCUUCUGCGCUCUCAUUCAUCGUCAUCGUCCAGAUUUGUUGGACUACAGCCAACUUCACAAGGGAGAUCCAAUUCAUAAUUUGAAUUUGGCCUUCGAUAUUGCCGAGAAGCAUCUUGAUAUUCCAAAAAUGUUGGACGCCGAAGACGUUUCACGUCAUCCGGAUGAGAAGUCCACGAUGACAUAUGUCUCGUGCUUCUAUCACGCAUUCCGUAACAUGCGUGAUCCUCCACCACCAGUUAUUCGCCAACCACCACCACAGCGUGUUGUUGUUGCUCCACCUCCAGAGAGGGAUUGGAGAAAAGAUGCGGAGACUGCUGCUAACCGUAUCUGCAGAGUUUUGAAAGUCAACCAAGAAAAUGAAAAGAUGAUGGAGGAUUAUGAAAAUUUGGCUUCUGAUCUUCUCGCCUGGAUCAAUCGCUGGAUGCCAUGGCUUGCUAACAGAUCGACUGAUGACACCCUUCAACAGGCCCAGCAAAAGCUCGAGGACUACCGUAACUACCGUCGUCGCGAAAAGCCACCACGUAUUGAAGAUAAGGGACGUCUUGAAACACUUUUCAAUACACUUCAGACCCGUCUUCGUUUAUCCAAUCGUCCAGCUUUCCUUCCACGCGAUGGUCAUCUUAUCAAGGAUAUCAAUGCUGCAUGGGCUGGUCUUGAAGAUUCCGAAAAAGGAUUCGAAGAGUGGCUCCUUUCUGAAAUCAUGCGUCUAGAACGAUUGGAACACUUGGCUGAGAAAUUCCGUCGCAAGUGUGCUCUUCAUGAGGAAUGGGCCCAUGGAAAGGAAGAUGCUCUUCGUAGCAACGAUUGGAGAAGUUGUGGACUUUACAAGAUCAAGGCUCUUCGGAAAAGACAUGAAGCAUUUGAAAGUGAUCUUGGAGCUCAUCAAGACCGUGUUGAGCAAAUUGCGGCAAUUGCCAGAGAGCUCAACAACCUCCGUUAUCCAGAUAUUGGUCCAAUCAAUGCACGUUGUCAAGCAAUUUGCUCUCAAUGGGAUCGUCUUGGACAACUUUCCUCAAAGAGACGUGAGACUCUUGAAGAUGCUGAAAGAAUUGCCGAACGUCUCGAUUCACUCUAUUUGGACUUCGCCAAGCGUGCUGCUCCAUUUAACAACUGGCUUGAUGGAGCUCGUGAAGAUCUUGCUGACUUGGUAAUUGUUCAUGAAAUGCGCGAGAUUGAAGAGCUCGUCAAUGCUCAUGAUCAAUUCAAAUCUACAUUGGGAGAUGCUGAUCGCGAGUUUUCAAGCAUCAAUCAAAUCGAGCAUGAAGUUGAACAUCUUGUCACUUCACAUGGACUUGAUCGUGAAUUACUCCGCAACCCAUACACUGAUCUAUCAGCUUCCGAUAUUCGCAGAAAAUGGGGAGAGGUUCAAAAUUCAGUGCCAAGAAGAGAUUCGCAGCUUCAGGCCGAGUUGAAGAGACAGCAAAACAACGAACGUCUCCGUACAAUCUUCGCCGAGAAGGCUAAUCAAGUGGGACCAUGGCUUGAGAGAGAACUCGAACAAGUUCUCGCUAUCGGACUUGGUGGUCGUGGGCGUCUUGAAGAUGCAAUCCAACAACUUCGUUCUAUUCAACGAAAUGUUCUCGGAUACAAACCAAAUCUUGAUGAGCUUGAACGAGUUCAUCAAGAAAUGCAAGAAAACUUUGUAUUUGAAAACCGUAAAUCUCGUUACUCAAUGGAAUCGCUUCGUGUCGGAUGGGAAACUCUCCUUACCAGUAUCAACAAAACGAUUAAUGAAUUCGAAAAUCAAGUAUUGCUCCGUGACAGUAAAGGAAUCAGUGAAGAACAAAUCGCUGAGUUCCGUGCGUCAUUCAGUCAUUUUGACAAGGAACGUGCUGGUUUGGACCCUGAACAACUUAGAUCUUGCCUCAUUUCCGUUGGCUAUACGAUCAGACCAGGACGUGAAGGCGAUGCGGAACUUCAUCGUGUUUUGGCACACGUUGAUCCAAACCGGAUGGGACGUGUACCAUUUGAGGCAUUCCUCGAUUUCAUGACCAAAGAAAACUCGGAUCAAGAUACGGUUGAACAGAUGAUUGAUUCAUUCAGAAUACUUGCAUCUGGAAAGACAUUCAUAACCGCUGAUGAAUUGGAACGAGAAUUACCACGCGAUCAAGCAGCUUACUGUAUGGCACGAAUGGCUCCAUCAAGGGAACCAGGAGCACCACCACGAUCAUUCGAUUACGUCACAUUCAGUCGUAGUCUUUAUUCACAAUAAUUGACAUUUUUUGUUUAUUUUUGAAAAAUUUAAAAAUUUCUAUGAACCUCUUUCCUUUUAAAUUUACAUAAUCUCGUUUUCAUCUUUCUUGUCCUUCAUAUUCUUUCAAUGUUUCCCUAUACAGUGUCUCCCCAAGCACACAUAUUUUUUGGUAACUACAGUAAUCUUUUUUCAUAGUGUAUAUACCUUAUUAACAUGUUUUUUCUGGCUUUCCCCCAAUUUUUCAAUACUUUAAAGUUAUUCAAGGCAUCGGUGACAAAAUUACCGGACACAAAAUGAAACCAACAUAUUACUGCGCGAAUCUUUUUGUCUUUUCUUUUUGAGAUCGUUAGAGUUUUACUAGUUUUUAUUUUUCUAAUUUCAUCCAUUUUCUCUGCUAAUAAAUUAUAACUAAUAAUUUUA